AUGCCUCAAGAACAGGUGCGCCUGACUGUCCUAGAAAUGUUCCAAAAAGACGAUGGAAUGUUAUUAUAUUGGGUCGUUCGGAAAAUCAUUUCAUUUUUUGCCGACAGAGGAUUUAAUUGUAAAAAUGCUGUUCAUACCAGAAAAAAAUUAACCGAUGUGUAUGGAGAAGAUGUGUUGACAGUACGCCAGUGCCAGAAAUGGUUUGCAAAAUUUGGAUCUGGCACUUUUGUUGUCGAAGAUGCACCACGUUCUAGAAGGCCGGUUGAAUCUUAUGAAGACACGAUAAAGACAUUAAUUGAUGCAAACCGGCGAAUAACAACACGUGAGUUCGGUGAAAGCUUAAAUUUAUCAAAUUCAACUGUUUAUGACCACUUGAAAUGCCUUGGUAUAACCCCGAAACUCGAAAUGUGGGUUUCCCAUGUUCUCACGGAGAGAAAUUUGUAUCGUCACGUUGAGGUCUAUGAUUCAUUUCUCGAACGUCACGAAAAUGAUCCAUUUUUGAAGCGCAUCAUUACUAGGGACGAAAAAUGGGUUGUAUAUAUCAAUGUCAAACGUAAGAUAUCAAGGAACAAAAAAGAUGAACCAGCUCGAAGCAUUUCCAAAGUGGACAAACUGAAUGGUGCACUUCAACAGAAAAAGCCAAAAUUAAUCAACAGAAAAGGUGUAGUGUUCCACCAAGAUAAUGCGAGACCUCAUACAAGUUUGGUCUCUCGCCAAAAGCUCUUACAGCUUGAAUGGGAUACAAUUCCACAUCCACCAUAUUCUCCAGAUCUGGCACGUUCAGAUUAUUAUGUGUCACUGCAAAAUUUUUUAGACAGUAAAACCAUCACUUCAAAUAAAGAGUCGAGGGAAAGUUAUGGGAGUGCCUCUAGAACUAAUGCGACUAUCGGUCUUAGAAACAUUCCGACUAGACGAGACAAAACUAUGAAAGUCCCUCAAGAACCAAUGCGAAUAACAGACAUAUCAAUUUUACGUUAA